GUGACCCACAAUGCAGUGCGGCGGACCAAGAUGGCUGCGCCCAGGGGUAGCGUGAGCGACAGCGAGAGCAGCGAGGACGGCGACGCCGAGGAGCUGCAGCGGUGCCGGGAGGCGGCCCUGCCGGCCUGGGGCUGGGGGCCACGCCCGGAGCGGGGGCAGGAGGCCCCAGCUGCGGACCCUUUGCCGGCCGCGCGCCCGAGCCUCAGACAGAAGGCGGACGAGCACGAGCAGGACGGCAACGAGCUGCAGACCACUCCCGAGUUCCGGCUUCAUGUGGCCAAAAAGCUGGGAGCCUUUUUGGACAGCUGCAUCACCAUUUCAGAAUCCAGCCCCAGGCCCGCGCAGGCGCCCGUGCAGACUGAGGCCGGGGAGGACGAUGGCUUCCGCCUCUUCUUCACGUCCAUCCCGGGCAGCCCAAAGAAGGAGGCUGGCCCUCCCGCCGUGAGCAGAAAGCGGCCUCCGUCCAGUUCCAGCAGUGAGUCGGACAGCGGCGACGAGUGGAGGCGAUGCCGGGAAGCGGCGGUGUCCGCUGGGGACAUUCUGCGACAGGGAGCUCAGCCCAUGCUGGCGUCCACGGCAGCGAAGGAACAGGCACCAAAGCAGGCGCAGGCCAGGCCGAACAAGGAAGCGGGUCCCAGAGUGACCACGGAGGAGCAGCCAGGCGGCACGGUCCGGCACAACGGGGAUCAUGCAACGCUCCCCACAAAGAAAAAGAAAAAAAAGAAGAAAAAGCUGAAGGAGAGUGAGCCCUGCCCCAGGCAGAAGGGCCACGGCCCCAGAGUGGCCACUGAGUGACUCUUGUCAAGCUGCCCCUGCUGCUCCCGCCCUGGGAGAGAGGGACGGGCCCUCCGAGAGCCUUGGGAGCCGGGGACUCCUGGGAGCCUUGCCCUGUGUGCCUUCUGUCCUCCAACCAUCCUUCUCAUUCUGCCAGUGCUACAGGCAUAGUCAAGCACCAGGAGAACGCCCAGGGCUGCCAUCUGCACCCUUGGGACUCCUCAUAGCCCUCAGCCACACGAGGUUGGCCUGGGGCACCUGGCACACCGAACUCAAAGCAGCCACUUCACUGGCCAUUCUGGGGCGGGGGAGAAAUGGCUGGAGAGGCCUGGGACAGGAACCUCUGACAUCACUGGGGACAUUCCCCCUCCUCCCCACACUUCCCAGCCCUACAAGCCCCUAGGAACUUUAUAUUUGUUUUCUGAAAAAAAUAUAGGAGUUUUCUGAAAACUUCUAGAAGUGUUUAAUU